CCACCCUGCUGUACAUGUCCUCGAUUCUAGGAAAUGUUCGGGUCGAGACAUCUGGUUGCCCGGUGCUGCUGCGUGAGAAAACACAGGAGCGGCCUGAGACGUCAGAAAAAGUGAAGAAAAAGCCCCUCCGGCGGUGUGGUCAUUCGACAGUCUUGGUGGGAUUUACCAAGCGCACCUUUAAAGAGGAAAAAUAACAAGAUCUGCGACCCGCACUUCUUUUUGUUGUUGUUGGGAUUUCUCAAUUUGACGAUAUGUCCAGGUCAGAUUAUCCUCCAGGGUACAACGAGUCCCAUGUCCCACUGUACGGGCAUCAGGGCGGUAAUCAAUCCCCUCCCCCUGCCUAUGGCUUCCCUGCCUACGGGGGUCCAACUCCAGGCCACCCCUCUGCCCCCUACCCAGCAGGCCCAAAUGUAAUGCCAUACCCUCCAGGUCCAUACCCAGGACAGCCUCAGCCUGCUGGGGCUCUAGGAGCUGGCUACCCCAGCCACCCACCCAUGCCCCCAAUGCCCCCAAUCAUCCCACCUACCAUGCCAACAGAUGCCCUGAGCUCAGGUGAUGAUUUUGCUGCUAGUGGCAGCGGUUGGGACAGUCUGAGUGUCCGACAUGCCUUCAUCAGAAAGGUUUAUCUGAUUCUGGCAUCUCAGCUGCUUGUCACUACAGCUAUUGUGGCUGUUUUCACAUUUGUUGACUCUGUCCGAAAUUUUGUACAGCAAAACCAAGCUGUCUAUUGGGCAUCAUUCGGUGUGUAUUUUGUCACCCACCUUGUGCUGGUCUGCUGCAAGGGCCCCAGGAGGAAGUUCCCAUGGAACGCAAUUUUGCUCCUGAUCUUUACUCUAUCCAUGUCUUAUAUGACUGGAGCCAUAUCCAGUCAUUAUGAUACAAAAGCAGUGUUCCUUGCUCUGGCUAUCACUGCUGUUGUCUGCAUCGCUGUCACCAUCUUCUGUUUCCAGACAAAGGUUGACUUCACCAAAUGCCAAGGUCUCUUCUGUGUGCUUGGAAUCGUCAUGCUGGUGACAGGCAUCAUCACGGUGAUUGUGCUGUCUUUCAAAUACAUUCCAUGGCUUCACAUGCUUUAUGCUGCCUUAGGAGCCAUAGUCUACACCCUUUUCUUGGCCUACCACACACAGCUGCUGAUAGGAAACAGGAAGUACUCCAUCAGUCCUGAGGAGUACGUGUUUGCUGCUCUUUCCAUCUAUGUUGACAUCAUCCAGAUCUUCAUUUUCCUCUUGCAGAUCAUUGGCGCCUCAAGCAAAUAGAUCCACAAUAG